AUGAGAUCCUAUCAUCUCGCUUGGCUAUCCUUCGACUCCGUCCUCUGCAUCAGAAAGCCAUCACUAUCUCAACUGCUAUUCUCCAACAUUGGAGGAAGUCAUCCGCAAAAAAAUGCCUUCUAUAAGUUCGUCGUGGGUGACUUCAAUGCGAAAAUCGGGAUAACAGAAGAAGAAGAGCACAGGAUCGAGAGAUUUGGAGCAGCGUUCCGGAAUGAGAAUGGUAACUGUCUUGUUGGGCUCUUAUCCGCCGCACGACCUUUUUUAUGGCAACUCCAUUUUCAUGAAGAAAGAACACCGGUGAUGGACAUGGAAGUCACCCAACGGUACGACUCAUGCGGAGAUCUACCACAUUUUCACCAACCGAAAGUGGUGCUUACUGGACGUCUCAGUGGUACCAUAAUUCAGUAG